GCGGAUAUAGUGAAUGCGGGUUCCGGGGAGAGCGGAUAUAGUGAAUGCGGGGUCCGGGAGAGCGGAUAUAGUGAAUGCGGGGUCCGGGGAGAGCGGAUAUAGUGAAUGCGGGGUCCGGGGAGAGCGGAUGUAGUGAAUGCGGGGUCCGGGGAGAGCGGAUAUAGUGAAUGCGGGGUCCGGGGAGAGCGGAUAUAGUGAAUGCGGGGUCCGGGGAGAGCGGAUAUAGUGAAUGCAGGGUCCGGGAGAGCGGAUAUAGUGAAUGCAGGGUCCGGGAGAACGGAUAUAGUGAAUGCGGGGGUCCGGGGAGAGCGGAUAUAGUGAAUGCGGGGUCCGGGGAG